GAGAUCAGUUCCCUCCCUCCACAACACGGAAGCAGCAUGGCGUCCAACAGCAGCGGAGACGAGUCCGGCAGGCAUCAAACAGCACGGCACAGACUAAGCGUUAUCGCCGGGCAUCUACAGAGACCCUCAGACCGUAAUGCGGCCCUCCUAGCCGUGGACUGCAAAGCCCAGGGGAGCAAACCGAAUGUCAAAACCAGUGACAGGGACGAGGGGAGGACGGUGCCUAGGAGGAGGCAGGAGAUUAUGAAAUGGAACGGCUGGGGAUACAGCGACUCCAGAUUCCUCUUCAACAAAAAAGGCCAAGCAGAAUUUACUGGGAAAAGGUAUAGACUGAGUGGGAUGAUCAUCCCUGGCCUGAAGGACUGGAUGGAAGGCACGUUUGGUGCCAAUUUGCAGCAUAAAACUCAAGCAACACCUGUUCUGAAUACCAGUGCUGUGCAGCCUCCUAUGCUAAAUGAGGCCUUUGUGGAGGAACUGAAGUCCACAGGUAUUCCCUUCUCUCAUGAAGCAGAAGAUCGGGUGUUUCGUGCCCACGGCCACUGCCUACAUGAGAUCUUUGCCCUGAGAGAUGGAAAAAUCGGCCGUGUUCCAGAUAUGGUUGUGUGGCCAAAUUGUCAUAAUGAUGUAGUGAAAAUUGUGGAGCUGGCUUGCAAACAUAAUGUUUGUUUGAUACCUUAUGGAGGAGGGACUAGUGUGUCUAGUGCCCUAGAGUGCCCACCAGAGGAAACUCGAUCGAUUGUCUCUCUGGAUACAUCACAGAUGAACCGUAUUUUGUGGAUCGACGAGAAAAAUUUAACUGCCCACGUGGAGUCUGGGAUCGUUGGUCAGGAUCUGGAGAGACUGCUUAAUGAGAGCGGCUACUGUACGGGGCACGAGCCCGACUCCAUGGAGUUCAGCUCCCUGGGGGGGUGGGUUGCCACGAGAGCAUCGGGCAUGAAGAAGAACAUCUAUGGCAACAUUGAAGAUCUGGUCGUCCAUAUUAAGAUGGUUACUCCUCGAGGCGUGAUUGAAAAGAGUUGCCAGGGACCACGGAUGUCCACGGGUCCAGACAUUCACCACUUCAUCUUGGGCUCCGAAGGAACCCUUGGUGUGGUUACUGAGGUAACAAUUAAAAUCCGUCCCAUACCAGAGUAUCAGAAGUACGGCUCUGUGGUGUUCCCCAAUUUUGAGCAGGGUGUUGCCUGCCUACGAGAGGUGGCUAGACAGAGGUGUGCUCCAGCAUCUAUACGGCUCAUGGAUAAUGAACAGUUUAAAUUUGGUCAUGCCCUGAAGCCACAAGUAUCAUCAAUUUUCACAUCAUUUCUGGACGGACUAAAGAAGUUUUACAUCACCAAGUUCAAAGGGUUUGACCCUAACCGCUUGUGUGUGGCCACCCUGCUGUUUGAAGGAGCCCGUGAGAAGGUGCUGCAGCACGAGAAGCAAGUUUAUGACAUUGCAGCAAAAUUUGGGGGCUUGGCAGCAGGAGAGGACAAUGGACAGAGGGGCUACAUGUUGACCUUCGUCAUUGCUUACCUCCGGGACUUGGGAAUGGACUACUAUGUGAUAGGGGAGUCUUUUGAAACCUCUGUGCCUUGGGACAGGGUUUUGGACAUUUGCCGGAAUGUGAAGGCACGCAUCAUACGAGAGUGUAAAGACAAAGGAGUUCAAUUUCCACCUUUAUCAACUUGCAGGGUAACUCAGACGUAUGACGCUGGCGCCUGUGUCUACUUCUACUUUGCCUUCAACUACAGAGGACUCAGUGAUCCGGUGCAUGUGUAUGAACAAGUGGAGCAUGCAGCUAGAGAAGAAAUCCUUGCCAAUGGAGGGAGCUUGUCACAUCAUCAUGGAGUGGGGAAACUUCGGAAGGAGUGGAUGAGGGAGACUGUCUCCAAUGUCGGCGUGGGGAUGCUCAAGUCUGUCAAGGACUAUGUUGACCCAAAUAACAUCUUCGGCAACAGGAACCUCCUCUAAUUCCAAGUUCCCAUCUGUUAUCUCACCUUUUAUUUUUUCUAAAAGCUUCCUGUGCAUUUUGGAUUAACAGCUACUAAAUGUGAAUUUAAAACACAGAUCUCCAUCAAACAUGUCUCUCGGUGCCAUUUAAUGAUUCACUCUUCUCUUUUACCUUACAUCGCACUUAAUCUGCUCAGCUUCUUCUAACAAGAUUCAAUGGGUGCAGCAAAACAUUGACUUAUCUCAUAUUUGCUUCCUGAACGCCUUUGCCAACAUAGAAGAAGCUGUGUUAUGAUCCUCCUGUGGGGGUGUGUGUGUGUGAGUGAGUGUGUGUUUGGCACUACUUUAGUGGUAAGUUUCUAAAGCUGUGCCUUUCUAAAGCUUGUAUCUGCCUUUCCUUCUCCUUCGUGUCCAACAUGUGUCCUUUCUCGUCUCCUGUCAUUCUGACCUUAUGCCAUAUUAGACGUGUUUCAGGACCGCGUGUAUCUGUGGGUGCCUGUCCUUCCGCCCAAGCAGUUUGGGUCCACUGAUUCCAAGCCCAUGUUUCGUACGAUUGCUGAAAGAAAUAAGCAUACCUUUGUGUGUUUAGUUUUUGUACUGAAAGCUUUUACACGGAGUGGUUUGUAACUAAUGAAGAGAAGUGGAAAUGAAGCCAUUUUAAACAUGUUUCUGUUUUGGAGGGAGGGGCCUGUAAACGGCGGUGCUCACGUCGAACCAAAGACUUGAAUCAUCAGAUUGUCUGAUGCAGUGCACGUGAGACGUUUACUCAUCAUUGGCAUUAAUCUUGAUUUUUGAUCUCUAAUUGAUUUCUUCCAUCUUGGAAUGCUUAUGUGACAACUUCAAAUAAUUUUAGAAUCAAGAAUUAGAUGAAGACAUUAAAAGGAUUCAGCAGGAUUCUUUGUGAAUUCAGACGUUGUAGCAUAGUCCACAAAUUUUUGCUAUAGUUAAUGUAAGGGUUUUUUUAAAGCUCAGUGUUGCCUGCUUUAUGGACUCUAAAACUAACUAUAACCAUUUCCUGUUGAAAUCUCAUUAUCUGACUCAAUCUUUCACCCUCAAAUGAAUGAUAAUUGGAAUGAAUGAUCAGAAAUGAUCCAAAAAUCACAAAGAAUCGAGCCGACUGUGCACUGGAAACGAUUAUGAAAUCAGCGUUACCUGAAUUGAAGACCCCAGAGAAAACCUUUAAAUUCUGAUAUCAGGAGUCAAAGUCAAACCAAUUGUCAAAUAUGAUGCAUCAUUCUGUGGGGCUGCUUUAUUACUGGUUAAUUCCACAAAGUAGAUUUGAAUAAUAAAGUAACUGGACUACUUCCUAAUCCUACAACCUCAGCUUACAGCAACAGUGAUGACUGGAAGUUGGGAACUAGAAUUUUCUACAAGACGGUGAUCGCAAAACCACCAAAUUAGUUUUUGGUUCAGAUAAAGCAGACUUAGGUCAGCUUUUGAGAAUCUCUGAGUGCAGCUGGAACAAAAAGCUGGGUUAUGUUUAACAACCAAGAAGCCUAUCAAUUUAAAUCAACUUUAUCAGUUACACAGUUAUACCAAAGCCACUCUGGAGAAAGGUUUUAUGGUCAAAGGGAACAGCAGUGGAGCUGUUCAAAAACAAUCAUGAGAUUCAUGUUUGGGGGAGUCUUCCAAACUGUACCAAAUGCCAAGCGUGAUGGUAGAAGCAUCAUGUUGUGGGCUUGUUUUGCUGUCAUACAGUUGGUUCCAAAAGGACAAUGAUCCCAAACACACAUCAAACUGAUUCUAGAGUACACAAAGUAGGCUAGCAUUAAGAUUUUGGUUAUUUAAAGGAAAAAUCUGUUAUUAAACACGUUUUUAAUUAUGGAGAUUUCUCUCAAUGAUGAGUGCAAACCUCUUCGUGGCACAUCCUUCAUUGUCAUGCAGUCACUUCAUCAGCUAAACUGUAUUUUUUCCUAUUAGUAUAUGCAAAGAUUACCAUCCUGACAUGUAAAUAUUUAUGACUGUUACACAUGCUAAAACAUUCUGCUCAAACCACACGUCUUUAAUAAGUUUGUCCCUCGAAAGAUUCCUUGAAGAGUCGAGUAGUUUAGUGUUUCUAUAUUGUCCAAAAGCUUUUAUGAACUGAUACUGUAAUGUGCUACAUUUUGAUACUGAUCUUGUACCCAUUUAGCUGCUCGUUCUCUGAUCUUUGCCUCAUUUUUUCUGGACCACUCUGUCGUAUGUUGAUUAAAUACAACAAUAAAAUCCUCUCCAGAUAAAUUAAUCUCUGAGACCUAACUUUUUACCCCAUGUGUCAAAAAACUCGCCAUUGAAUGUUGUAGCUUUUACCUUUUUUUUGUCAAAUUUCCACUUCUCUUAACAUCAACAUUGAGUACAUUUUGUCAAUGCUGUUUGUGCAAUAAACUAAAGUAAAAACAUCA